AUGCACUGGACAAUGAGGCUGGCCGCGGCAGCCCUGUUUCUGAGUCUCACGCUGGUGGUCACCAGAGACAUGGAGGAAGGCGACUUGUGUUUGUACGAGGCUCUGUCUGACGCCGAUGCUGUCCUCUGCAAGGGCCUUGAAGUUUUCUACCCAGAGCUGGGGAACAUUGGCUGCAUGUUUGUUCCUGACUGCAACAACUACAGACAAAAGAUCACCCACUGGGCUGAGCCCAUAGUCAAGUUCCCUGGGGCCUUGGAGGGCGCAACCUACAUCCUGGUGAUGGUGGAUCCAGAUGCCCCGAGCAGGUCUUCACCCAAAGCUCAAUUCUGGAGACACUGGCUGGUAACAGAUAUAAAGGGCGCUGAUAUAAAGAAAGGGAAGGUCCAGGGCCAGGAGUUGUCACCCUACCAGCCUCCGUCCCCACCAGCAAAAAGUGGCUUUCACCGCUACCAGUUCUUCGUCUAUCUUCAGGAAAGACAGAACAUCUCUCUCCAUUCCAAAGAAAACAAAACUCGAGGCUCUUGGAAAAUGGACAGAUUCCUGAACCGCUUCCACCUGAGCGAACCUGAAGCAAGCACCCAAUUCAUGACCCAAAAUUACCAGGACUCACCCAAUUACCAGACCCCCGGAGCCGGAAACAGUGAGCCGAAGGAUAAACCCAAGUAG